AUGUUGAUCUUCCUCAGCGUGCUACUGAUGGGCGGCUACUUCCACUACCUGUGGAAGGCCGAGGCCGCCCUCGGGACGCCCUGGGUCCCGGACCCGGGCGCGCAGCUCUUUGCGCAGCGCUCGCUGCCACCCCCGGCCGAGGAGGCCAGCAUUGCGAGUUAUGCGCUGCCGCUGUCGACCAAGGGCCGCGACAUCGUCGACACCCAUGGCCGCCGCUUCAAGCUGUCCUCCGUCAACUGGUACGGCGCUAGCGAUGAGCUCUUCAUCCCCGGCGGGCUCGAUGUCCAGCAUCGGUCCGUCAUCGCCCAGUCCAUCCGCAUGCUCGGCUUCAACAGCGUGCGCCUGCCCUACGCCGACGAGAUGGUCAUGCUCAACCCCCAUAUACUGCCCCACCUGCUGACGGCCAACCCGGACCUCGUCGGCAUGCGCGCCCUCGACAUCUUCGAGGCCUGCGUCACGGCAUUGACCGACGCCGGCAUCGCCGUCAUCGUUAACAACCACAUCACGACGGCGACGUGGUGCUGCGGCGCGGACCCGUGCGACGCCGGCUGGGCGAACGACCACCUGGGCCCCUUGUGCAGGGUCUCGCAGAGCGAGGAAGACUGGAUCCAGCAUUGGGAGACCAUCAUGGAGCGGUUUGUGGACAACCCGCGGGUCAUCGGCGCCGACCUGAGGAACGAGGUGCGCGGCGUCUGGGGCACCAUGCCGUGGGAUCGCUGGGCGACGGCGGCGGAGAAGGCUGGGAACCGGCUCCUCAAGAUGAAGAGAGAUUGGCUCAUCAUCGUCGGCGGGACCGAGUCGGGCAACGACCUGACAGGCGCGGCCCAGCGGCCCGUCAAGCUCGACGUGGACAACCGCCUCGUCUACUCGGCGCACGUCUACGCCUGGUCCGGCUGGGGCAGCUCCGAGGGCCGCUACUCGAAGCGCAGCUACGCCUCCUUCAUCCGCGCCAUGCGCAGCAACUGGGCCUACCUGGUCGAGGGCAACGUGGCCCCCGUGUGGGUGGGCGAGUUCGGCGCGCCGCAUCACCCGAGCAACGGGGACGCCAACUACUGGGGCAACCUGCUACGCUUCCUUAAGGCUAUCGAUGCCGACUUUGGGUACUGGGCCAUCAACCCGCGGAAGCCCAAGGACAACGCCCCCGAGUCGUACUCGUUGGUCGAGGACAACUGGAUCACCCCCAUCUUGGAUUACAGGAUGAGGGAUAUGACGGAGCUCAUCGCCGGAGACGGGAGGGAAGACAUAGGAGAUCUAUAA